AUGGAGCCCUGGGCUCACUGCUACCCCAUCUUGUCCCAUGCUCUCCCUACUGCAUGCACCACCCUGCUCAGCCCUGCCAUGGCUUCUGCAGUGUUUAAGAGCAUCCUCCCUGGCCCCCAGGUUGUGUGCCCCAUGCUGGGAGCUGUGGACCAGAGCAUGUUUGAGAACACCAGUGCCAGCACAGCACCCACCCCUCGGCCUCAGCACGUCCCCACCCUGGCAGGGGUCCCCUCCCAGCCCUCCCGUCCUGCUGGCAGCCAGCACCUCCGUAACCUGGGCAAGGCAGUGGGGGCCAAGGUGACGGAUCUCCUGCGCCGUAAGGACCCUGCUGCUCUCCCCAGCCUGGGGGUGAUGGAGGUGAACCCCCAGGCAGGGGCCGUGCUGGACAAAGGACCCCUGUGCAGUGAAGAUGGGGCUGCAGGGCUGGAUGCUUUCCCCAGGCUGGAGCCCCCACCCCCCAUCACCAAGAAGCGGACGCCACGUGCCCUGAAGACCCCCCAGGACAUGCUCAUCGCACCAGAGCCAGCAGGGACCAGCCCCAGCAGCAGUAUGGAGGAGCCUCCAGAACUGCCCACAGCCCACCCCAACCCCACAGAAGAGCAGCCAGGGUCAAGGGACCCCUUUCCACCAGAGAGCCCUGGGGUCCCCAGUCUAACUGGUAGCCCAGGGUCAAGCAGUGACCAACCCACCAGUGCCCUCCCUGUGCCCGACCUCAUCCAUAAGGGCAGCCUGGAGAGCCAGUGGAGAGGGGGUGAGAGGGGGGCUGAGACCUCACCCCACACAGAGAAACCCUCCCGGAGAGCAGGGCUGGAGUGUGAGCCAGGGGGGAGCACAGGGCAGCCCCAGCCACGCACCCCUGGCCGGGAGGUGGAGGGGCCCCAUCCUGACCUCCUGUCCUUUGAGUAG